AUGAGUGCCAGCCCUGGAGUCACAGAGAGGAGGGUGCUGCAGCUGGUCCCUGCCCUCGAGGAGCUCACAGUGUGCAGGCAGCAAGGAAAGAAGGAGAUGCUAGAGGAGAGGGAAGGAUGGAGGUCGAGGGAAGAGAAAGACAUGUGUCCCUCGGGAAGAGAGGCCACGGGCACCUUGGAGGGACUACUCCUGACCAUGUAUGGAGAACUGGACCUUGGUGUAAGGAAUGGACCGUGGCAGCCAGGGAGGGGCCCCCUCAGGUCUCCAUUCCACAACAACUUUGCCACUCAGCAGCAGCGCUAUGUGAAGUCCACUCGAAACCACAGUGGGGGCCCGAGCACGGGAGGGCUGGGAUGGGGGUCACCCAGGAGCCCCGCCGCGCGGCCCUCGGGUCGCCGCCCCCUGCGCUGUGACCGCGGCGAGAUAAGGUCCCAGGCGCUGCCCUCGCUCCUCGCCGCAUCCCCGGCGGCGCCCCCAGCCCGGCGCCCGGCACUGAACGGGUGCGGGGCUGGGCCAGGGCCAGGGCCGGCCCGGGGGAGCGAGUGGGGCGGGGCCGCCGCGCCCGCUCCCCCUCCCCGCCGCCUGCCGCCUUCUCCUCCUCCCGCCGCCCGGGCUCAGAGCGGCGGCAGCAGCGGCCGCGGCGACAGCUCCGGCUCAGGCUCCGGCUCCGGCUCCGGCUCCGGCUCCCGCGCCUGCCCCGCUCGGCCCAGCGCGCCCGGGCUCCGUGCCCCGACCCCGCCGCCGCGCCUGCCGGGGGCCUCGGGCGCCCCCGCCGCCCGCCUCACGCUGAAGUUCCUGGCCGUGCUGCUGGCCGCGGGCAUGCUGGCGUUCCUCGGUGCCGUCAUCUGCAUCAUCGCCAGCGUGCCCCUGGCGGCCAGCCCGGCGCGGGCGCUGCCCGGCGGCGCCGACAACGCCUCGGUCGCCUCGGGCGCCGCCGCGUCCCCGGGCCCGCAGCGGAGCCUGAGCGCGCUGCACGGCGCGGGCGGUUCAGCCGGGCCCCCCGCGCUGCCCGGGGCACCCGCGGCCAGCGCGCACCCGCUGCCGCCCGGGCCCCUGUUCAGCCGCUUCCUGUGCACGCCGCUGGCGGCUGCCUGCCCGUCGGGGGCCCAGCAGGGAGACGCGGCGGGCGCUGCGCCGGGCGAGCGCGAAGAGCUGCUGCUGCUGCAGAGCACGGCCGAGCAGCUGCGCCAGACGGCGCUGCAGCAGGAGGCGCGCAUCCGCGCGGACCAGGACACCAUCCGUGAGCUCACCGGCAAGCUGGGCCGCUGCGAGAGCGGCCUGCCGCGCGGCCUCCAGGGCGCCGGGCCCCGCCGCGACACCAUGGCCGACGGGCCCUGGGACUCGCCUGCGCUCAUUCUGGAGCUGGAGGACGCCGUGCGCACCCUGCGGGACCGCAUCGACCGCCUGGAGCAGGAGCUUCCAGCCCGUGUGAACCUCUCAGCUGCCCCAGCCCCAGUCUCCGCUGUGCCCACCGGCCUGCACUCCAAGAUGGACCAGCUGGAGGGGCAGCUGCUGGCCCAGGUGCUGGCACUGGAGAAGGAGCGUGCGGCCCUCAGCCACAGCAGCCGCCGGCAGAGGCAGGAAGUGGAAAAGGAGUUGGACGUCCUGCAGGGUCGUGUGGCCGAGCUGGAGCAUGGGUCCUCAGCCUACAGUCCCCCAGACGCCUUCAAGAUCAGCAUCCCCAUCCGUAACAACUACAUGUACGCCCGCGUGCGGAAGGCGCUGCCCGAGCUCUACGCAUUCACUGCCUGCAUGUGGCUGCGGUCCAGGUCCAGCGGCACCGGCCAGGGCACCCCCUUCUCCUACUCGGUGCCGGGGCAGGCCAACGAGAUUGUACUGCUAGAGGCGGGCCAUGAGCCCAUGGAGCUGCUGAUCAACGACAAGGUGGCCCAGCUGCCUCUGAGCCUGAAGGACAAUGGCUGGCACCACAUCUGCAUCGCCUGGACCACAAGGGAUGGCCUAUGGUCUGCCUAUCAGGACGGGGAGCUGCAGGGCUCCGGUGAGAACCUGGCUGCCUGGCACCCCAUCAAGCCUCAUGGGAUCCUUAUCUUGGGCCAGGAGCAGGAUACCCUGGGCGGCCGGUUUGACGCCACCCAGGCCUUUGUCGGUGACAUUGCCCAGUUUAACCUGUGGGACCACGCCCUGACACCAGCCCAGGUCCUGGGCAUUGCCAACUGCACUGCGCCACUGCUGGGCAACGUCCUUCCAUGGGAAGACAAGUUGGUGGAGACCUUUGGGGGCGCAACAAAGGCUGCCUUCGAUGUCUGCAAGGGGAGGGCCAAGGCAUGAGGGGCCACCUCAUCCAGGGCCCCUCCCUUGCCUGCCACUUUGGGGACUUGAGGUGGGUCAUAUUCCCUCCUCAGCCUGCCCACGCACUGGCCUUCCCUCCUGCCCCACUCCUGGCUGUGCCUCCCGUUUCCCCUCACCUGUACCCACACCUCCAGAAUGCCCCGCCCUGCGAGUGUGUCCCCUGUCCCCACCCAAGUGAGGAGGAGCAUCUCAAGUGAACAGUGGGAACCUGCCCGCCUGGCACUGCACUGGAGUUGUCUCUUACCCCACCCCUCCCUGCCCAUAAAUUGCAUCUGAUUUCACUAAUUUUGACAGCACCCCCAGUAGGGUAGGGUUGCGUAUGAGGGGGACCCCACUAUCUCAGUGGUGGGGGUGGCCGCCCGCCUCCUUGUCCCCCAUGCAACAGGCCCAGUGGCUUCCCCUUCAGGGCCACAACAGGCUGUAGAAGAGGAUGACGAGGACAUCAGAGGUUAGACUUACCCUCCUCCCUCUUUCCACCAGCUGCCAGUCAAGGGCAGUGGGAUCUCGAUGGAGCCUCCCCCACCCCGCCCAUGCCUCCCUCUUCCUCCUCUUUCCUCCUCUCUUUGUGUGUAGUGGUUUGAAUGUUGGUUCCAUGCCUGGCCCAGCCCCACCUCAGUCUCCAGGACAUUCCUUUCCCAGCUCCAGCCUGGAGGGAAGGGGCAAAGACCCCAGGAGGCCAAAAGGCUGCAGUCACCCCUUGUGCUCACCCACAGUGAUAGCCACUGGUAUAGUCAUCCCUCUCCCUCCAUGCCAAGGACAGGACCUGGGCCACUUCAGCCUGGGCUGGGAGCAGCCCUAAGGUAGAGGCCUCAUGGCCCAGGAGACCCUGCCUCUGGCAGAGCCACAUUACCUACCCUGUGCAUGGUCCUGGGGCAGGAAGGAAGAAGCUGAGAGGGUGGGGAGAAGCAUGAAGCAGUGGGCAGAGCACUGGGUGAGAAGGAGGAGACCGUGGUUCCUAGCCAGCCCUGCUAAUGUGCUGUGUGGCCUUCUAUAAGUCCCUGCCCUCUCUUGGCCUGGCCUUCCUCAUUGGUGAACUGAGGCCCUCGCUUUGGUCAUUUGCUCUCCAGAUUGGGUGUGAGCUUCUCUAUGAUUCCAGGUGGAUAUGUGGGGAAAGCCCUGGUGACCCUGGGCUUAGCAGGGGUAGAUCCCAGGACUCGGCAGUAGAUGGGAUGAAGCCAGUCAUGGGUUAGGGUCAGCAGAGACUCAGAGUCCAGGGCAAGGUUCAAGGCAGACUAACCUCAUGCAUGGACUAACCCUCUGGAUCACCCCGGCCUGGCACCCUUGCCUGUCUGAGAGUGUCUCAAAGGGCUGAUGGCUUCCUGGUCCCCUUGAGUCGUCACCAGCUUCCCCAAGAGAGUGUCAGAAUCUUAAGAGCUGAGAGGCCGGGCACGGUGGCUCACAUCUGUAAUCCCAACACUUUGGGAGGCUGAGACAGGCAGAUCACUUGAGGUCAGGAGUUCGAGGUCAGCCUGGCCAACAUGGUGAAACCCCAUCUUCACUAAAAAUACAAAACUUAGCCAGUUAGGUGGUGCACGCCUGUAGUCCUAGCUACUCGGGAGGCUGAGGCAGAAGAAUCUCUUGAACUGAGGAGGUGGAGGUUGCAGCGAGCAGAGAUCACGCCAUUGCACUCCAGCCUGGG